AUGAGGUGGCCGCCGCUGGGUAUGCCGGCCCUCAUGGCGCACACCUUCGCGCAGCGCUCAUUUUCCAACUCGGCGAGCUCGCUGGGAUCGUUGGCGCUGGUGGUGAUGCUGCCGGUCGGCUGCAACGGCGCCCUCAGCGUGGCAGUCCACUCCACGGAGGCGUUCCUCAUGGAGUGGCGGGGCAGCGUCACGGUGACGGAGCAGGACCUGACGGGGCCGUGGCCGCCGAGGAUCUGCUCCUCCGUGGACGAGGGGCCCUACUGUGGGCAGCUCAGCGAGCUGAGCGCAGGCCCGGGCCCGGGAUCCUCCGCGCCUUUCCUGGUGGACGGCAUGUUCUUCGAGCGGACACAGGCCCUGAACAAGGGCGCCUUCGCCAACUGGGAGAACACUAGGCUGGAGACUCCGCUGGAGAG